AUGAUAGGCGUUCUGUUGCUGCUCGCCGGCACACUGGUCUGCUCAUUCGCACAGGUCCUUGAACUGGAACCUGGAAGAGUUCAUGGUUUCGAAUAUUCCACGAAAGGCGGUGAAGUUGCCGAAGUGUUUCUUGGGAUACCUUAUGCUGCUGCACCAGUAGGAGAAUUGAGAUUUGAGGCACCAGCUGGUGGGUAUCCGAUUUUGCUAUGGGUUCAUGGAGGUGGUUACGAAAUAGGUUCAGCCAGCUUGUAUGGUUACAAAGGAUUCGCGGACAUCUACAUACCGCAUGAUAUAAUCGUGGACACUCUGCAGUAUCGCUUGGGCGUCUACGGUAUUUUCUUUCUCUAA